AUGGGGACAGUUCCUUUCGAAAUGAUUGAAUACAUUAUGAACUGUGACGAAUUAUCUUUUAAGGAUAUUUGUAGAUUAUCUUCAGUUUGUCGAAUUUUCAAUUGUAUUGCCAAGAGUAACAAGCUAUGGCAAAACAAGUACAAACUAACGUGGCCUCAUUUAGCAGGUUUAUAUGAUGCACAAAACACAGAUUGGAAAUUUGAAUUUUGUCAGAGAUACGAGUUAAAAAAAUUAAUUUCUCAGAGGCUUGAAGAAAUGACACGGGAAUAUUAUCAUCAUGAAAAUAUUUCGCAUGAAGCAUUUGUAAAUUUUCGAACACUUUGUGCAGAACGUCCUAUUAAUCACAAUCUCAUUAUAGAUGAAAUAAAUAGUAUUCUUCAGGCUACGGAAAGUCAUCUUAAUCUCACAAUUAAAUAUUAUGCUAAAAAAUGCUUAAGAUUUGUACGUCACCUUCAGUUGGAGACAGAGUGGAGAAACUUCUUAGCUCGUCCAUCAAACAAAAUAACAUUAUUAGAAGGAGCUUGCCUUAUAUCACAGUGGUGCCAGCCAACUGAUAUUGAUUGUUUACGUGAUACAUUUUAUUUCAUUAAUAAUCUAGCUAGGAUGGCUUUGGUUAAUAUUCGUGAUAAAUUGCCAGAUCACCCAGCAGUCCGAAAAGAAAGCUUGCAUGUGUCUAAUGAGGUUCUUGAAAAAUCACUUUGGUCACCCUCUGAUUGCAAAAUCCUUUUGAAAUCUCUAAAUUCUGUCUUUUACCGAACUCGAAGUUAUCAGAGCAGUAAGAAUGAUUUUUCUUGUGCAGAAUACACCUUUAUUGAUAAGGUAAUAUUUCGGGGAAUAGGUAUACCUAUUGUGUUAGGUAUCCUUUACCAAACUGUUGCGGCAAGACUUGGUAUUGCUUGUUUUCCUAUCAAUGUGGCUGGACAUAUUUUUCUUAAAUGGUUGGAACAUCCACAAUUAGAAGGAGAACAAGCAUACACUUACAUUGAUAUUUUAGAAGAUGGAGCAUUCAGAACUUGGGCUCAUGUAGAUUCUUAUGUUGUUGAGGCUGGAGAGGAUCCGAAUACAAAAGCAGAACCUGUACCAGCUCGGAAACUUUUCAUCCAAAUGUGCUGGAACUUAGUUGAAGUUGGACGCCAGAUACACGGUGUAGGUGAAGGCUAUCUUUGUUUAUGUGAUGCACUGGAACUGUUAUCAAUCCUGAGUCCUGAUGAUAUGGAGAAUAAACUGCUUCUAGCAAGAGUGUAUAUGCAUUUGGCAAUCAAUAUGACUGAGGUUAUCUCUCUGCUGCAAGAAAUUGCUUCACAUGAUCCACUGUCAACUGGCAUUGUAGGUUAUAUGCAUCAGUCAGCUCUUACUACAAUGGAAACACAAAAGAUAAAAAUGCACCAACUGAAGGAAAAGGUGAAAGUUCAGACACGAGAUGAUGAAAACCGUGUAAAAUUUGCUGUUGGCAUGAUAAUGAAGCAUAAGAUGUAUAAUUAUCGCUGCGUCAUAUAUGGUUGGGAUAGUGAGUGUGUUGCCAGUAGAGAUUGGAUAAAGCAAAUGGGUGUAUACAAACUUCCCAGCAAAGAUAGACAACCAUUUUAUCAUGUCUUAGCAGAAGAUGGAACAAACAGAUAUGCUGCUCAAGAAAACUUGGAAAUAGACAAUGAGAUUGAAGAGAUAACACACAUUGAAAUUGGAAGAUAUUUUGAGUCAUACCAUGAGAAUUAUUAUCGUCCAAACAAGCAAAAGGAAUUUGAGUAUCCUCAAGAUGGUGAGGCUCGUAUGAAAAUCUUAAGUUCUAUCAAAGACUCAUAAGUUAAGAACAACUUGUUGAAGUACAAAAUAAAUUUGUAAAUGUUUUUGUAUAAUUGGUAAGGUUAGUGAUUUUGUUUCAUACAAAGCUUUCAUUUUUUGAUGGAGUUAUUUUGUAACAUAGUUGAUGUGCAUUCAUAUAUAUAUUGUACAGUUUUAAGUGUUAGAUAUCAUUCAUUGAAGGCAUUCUGUUAGAAUUUUUUUAAAGCGGUAAGUUUUUUUAAAAUUUAUUUAUAAACAAAAUAUAUAUGCAUUUGUGUAGUUUUGAUACAAACUUUCAAUCAAUAUUACCUUUGUGUUUGCAGUAUAAUAAUAUUGCAAAGCUAAAUUUUAUAGCCAAGAAUUAAACAAGAAAAUCUAAAACUUUUUAAACAGACAUUUUAUUGUUUUAUGAAUCUUUUAUAUGUAAACUAAAGGAGAUAUCUUGAAUUAUCUUAAUCUAUCAAAAUAAUUGUUGAACUCUUUUUUAAUAUGCCUAUAACACACACACACACACAAAAAGAAAAUAUCAGUAUCUCAUAUGCGUUAAAGAUUUAACAGUAUUCAUAUAGCAGUGACAUAAAUAUGUGAACAUGAAUGUAGAAUUUGCUUAAACUUUUUCAUCUUAUAACAUGAAUUAAGAUUGUAUUCCUAUAUUAAUUUUAUUAUUUUUGUUGGAAAUAAAAUAUUGUAGAGAUAUGUUAAACAAUAAAGAUAAAUUGAUCUAAAGGGAAGAACCAUAUGAGUGGUGAAAAUGAAAAAAUAAAUAAAAUAAAAUAAAAAAACUUGUUUAUCUCUCUCUGUCUCUUUUGUUUUUUUUUUUUUUUAAUAUGUAAUUUGAUUUGUGUGAUCAAAUGUUUACUUUUGUAAUUCACUUUGUAGAAAUAUGUAAUAAAGAUUUAAUAACAUCCUUUUUGAUUAUAAAUAUUGAGCAAAAAGAAUUGCCUUAGAAAUUUAUGGUUUGAGAUUUGUCUAUGUAAGUAAUUAAUGAAGCUGUAAUAAUUCUUAAUGUAUAUUGAAUAAAAAGGAAAUAUUUGGUUUGA